UGCUCAUUGGUAUAGAACAAUCCAGCGAAGAUAAAGGAACGCAGCUACCCUGCCGCCGCGAUGAUCUGCGAAGACGGAUGAACACGCAAGAAGCUCCUCCACCGCCACUCGAUGGAUGACCCGCGAAGAUAGACGACACACAAGACGUUCUGCCGCCGCCGCUCUCCAUGGAUGACCCGCGAAGAUAGAGGAACAUGCACGAUGCUCUGCCUCCGCCGCCGGUCUCCAUGGAUGACCCCCCUUACAUCAUUAGCCGCUGGUGAUCAAUCACCUGAGAUUAACGCCUCUGAAGCCACAUCUCGCAAAAUUACUAGAAGAACCUUGUGGAUGAACUGUCUAAUUUCAGAAACAACAUUGGGAAUCAACCUUGGAUCCUGGGAGGUGAUUUCAAUGUUAUUAGAAACAUGAAUGAGUACAAAGGUAAAAGUGUCCUGAAUACUAGUGACAUGGAGGAGUUUAAUGAUUUCAUUUUUGCUAAUAGUCUGUCUGACCUUAACUUUCAGGGUACUCCCUUCACUUGGAUGGGGAAUAGGAUGAAUGGUCUGGUGUUUAAAAAAUUGGAUCGAGUUAUGGCUUCUAAUGAGUUAUUUCAACUCAACAGGAACCUAACUCUUAAAAAAUUAAAUAAGUUUGUUUCUGAUCAUAAUCCCCUGCUUCUUCAAGAAAAUCCUGUCCCUAACUCUGGCCCCAAAAGCUUUAGAUUUUAGCAUAUGUGGAUUAAACAUCACUCUUUUCUUGAAACUGUUAGAGCUUCUUGGGAUUCUCGUUGUGAUGGUUAUGGCAUGUGGCUUUUUUCUAAAAACUUAAAAGGCUUAAAAGUGAGCUUCAUGACAUUUUUGGAAAUAGUUUUAAUCAACGGUCUGAAGCUGAAACCCAAAUUGAGAUUCUUGAAAAUAGGACCUCUGAUUCCCUAUCUGAGGAAGAUUACCAUACCUUGAAACAUGCUCAGGCUAGAUACAUACAAGCCUCAACCGACAUUAUUUCUUUUUAUAGGCAGAAGGCUAAAGUGAAAUGGCUAAAGGAUGGCGAUGCAAACACAAGUUUUUUCCAUCACUCCUUAAAAGCCAAACAUCAAAAACUCAGUAUUCAUAAAAUUAAACUGGAGAGUAGUUCUUGGAUUUAGAAUAAUGAUGAUAUCAGUAGUGCUGCUAUUACUUUCUUUACUGGACUUCUUACUGCCAAUGUUGCUGCUACUGACUCUCUUGACCCUUGCAGUUACCAUAGCAAUAUCACUCCAGUUAUUACUACCGCUGAUAACGAGAAUCUCAUGGGACCAAUUACUACAAAGGAUCUCAGAAAAGUUGUCUUUGGUCUGGACAAAAACAGUGCCCCUGGCAGUGAUGGUUAUGAUGGUUUGUUUUAUCAAUACGCUUAUGAUAUUAUUGAGCAUGACUUGUUUAUUGCUAUGAGUGAGUUUUUUCUGUGGAGUUCCUAUUCCUAAAUCUAUAGUUUCAACUAUUAUGUUGAUUCGUAUAAGUUAGUGAUGGCCUUUUAUUUGUGUUUAUAUAAGCAACUAAAUUAAUCACUGUUUUAAUCAGGACAUCAUGAUUAUCAUGAAGCUUUAUUUUCAAGUGGU